GAGAAACAUUAAUACACCUGCUUCCGUCUUCGUGUGAUAAACAACACGGAAGCUACCUCACCUAUUUCCUUUUUUAUAAUUUCUGGACUAGACUAAUUGCAUUCCUUGCAAACAUACAUCCAAAAGAAUUUUUGUUAAACAACAAACCUUUGGAAAAUAUUUAUUUUUCCGACGAAGACAAACAUGUCUCCAAAAUUUCUUAGUAAGCUGAUUCCUAAGCGACAACUACCAGACAAUUUCAUAUUUUACCUGCACUACAGAUGGACUGUGCUGCUGUUGGUAACACUCUGUUUAAUUGUAACCUGUCGACUGUUUCUUGGUAACACUUUUGCUUGUGAAGUUACCAACAUUUCUGCUUCUCAACGCCUUAUAGAAACUGGUUGCUAUGCUGGUAAUGUCUAUUCCCUCCCUGGAGAACAUUUUAAUGAUGUAAACGUUACUACAGCGGAUCCAAGUACUCGGGGUUUUCGAAGGUACCAAACAUACUACUCUUGGGUGAAUUUGUUCUUCCUGGUGCAUGCUUUUAAUUUCUACCUGCCUCAUUUGUUGUGGAAAUCAUAUGAAUCUGGCUACUUAUGUCGUUUGACCUCAGGCAUCGAAUGUUAUAAAGGAGAGAAACGGAGCAUGGAACUUUGCUAUCUUGCCAAGUACAUACUGGUUACGCAAGGUAAGCACAAACUGUACACGUGCUUUUACAUUUUGUGCGAGAUCUUUAAUUAUUGCGUGGCAUUGUCGCAUACUCUGUGGUUGGUGUACUUUUUUGAUGUUACCGGUGUGCCCGAUUUCCUACAUUUUCAAAUUAAAACCUGGUCUGACUUCCAGUUGUUCUAUUUCCCCAAAUACGGCAUCUGUACCUAUCAUGAACUUUAUAGACAUUUCACACCUGCUCAAGAAUACAGUGGUACGUGCCUGUUGCCUUUAAACCAACUAUAUAUGCUGAUGUUUCUCUUCGUCCAUGCUUGGUAUAUUUUCUUAACCAUCUCAGCUGGAAUCGUAUUGGUGUUUCGAAUCGUUCUUUUAAUACCUUCUGUGAGAAUGAAUGUUACACGUUUUUAUGCGCCCCUACCGGAGAGACCGAUUCUGAAAUCUCUGUGCAGCAGACUGUCGUACUCUGAUUGGUUCUUCUUGACUAGAUUCCAAAGGGUUAUGAACGACAUCGAUUUUGCCCAAAUGUUGGAAAAAAUCACAGUGGUGUCUCAAUUCAAGACUUACGAAGUUGACAGCGAUGAAAAUAAAAUCUGUAUGUGUGAUGAAUAUCCAAGAGAUCUUGAUAACUCUGAUACUACUUCACCCGUUUAAAUAUUCUACUGAGUUUUAGAAGGUUAUUAGUGUAUUUGAGUUUAACUAUUCAUGUUCAGUUCCGAUUUUAUUGAUAAAAAAAUGGCAACGAGCAUUAAGAAACGCUGCGAGCCGAAGUAGGAAAAUCAUUAAACAUUUUAAGAAUUGAACAUUCUAUGAAAUUGAAGGCAAUACUUCUGUAUUAGACCAUCAAGUGCUAUAGUAUGUAUGAAAAUUUAAAUAAAUAUAGAGUUUGAAUUCUGGGAAAA